AUUUUUGAUAAAAGAAACGAAAAUUAUCUUCAAAAAGAUUUAAUUCUGAUGUAAGACGAGCUGUUGAGUACACUUUAGCUUUUUGGAAUGGAGUUGAUUUAAGGUAUAGACAAAUCAAGGAACCAAGGAUUCGUCUUAAUAUUGCUGGCAUAGUAUUAAUUAAGGAUCCAGUAUCAUUUAUAAAUCAUGCAACAAACAAUUAUCCCCAGGGUCAAAUAUUUGGAAAUACUCUGUUAAACGAAUUUAGAUUUUUUUUAGGUCAGGAACAAUUUAUACAACAAAAAAAGAACUAUGACAUAUCCGUGUUGUUAACUGGACGAGAUAUGGUUGGAUAUGGAGAUAAUGGACAAAUUCAAAUGGGUUUAGCAGGUUUAGCUUAUCCCGGAAGAGUGUGCCAAAAUAAUAAUAAUUAUUACUCUUGUGGAGUAUUUGAAGAUAGAAAUGGUUAUGGAGGUAUCAAUGUUGCUGCCCAUGAAUUAGGACACAUCCUUGGUGCAGAUGAUGAGACUGAAAAUUACAAACCUGGUUAUACACCUUAUGAUCCUUAUAAAUGUUAUAAUGAGCAUGGUUAUAUUAUGAGUUACAAUCGUCAAAACAAAAAUAAGAUUUUGUUCUCUCCUUGUUCGAAGAGUGAAAUUAAAGCAACUUUAAGCCAAUAUUCUGCUCAAUGUAUACGAAACAAUCCUGCUGACUAUGAAAAUAACAAACCCCUACCAAGAAUAUUACCCGGUCAACUAAUGUCUUUAGAUCAACAAUGCAGAAAUCUUGGUUAUGCUCAAUGUUACCAGGAGAGUACAACAUGUUUAGAUCUACAUUGUUUACGAACUGAUCAAUUAAUUUAUCCAUUACAAAAUCCUCCGGCAGAAGGAAGUCCUUGUGGUCAUGGAAAGUACUGUUUAUCUGGUAAAUGUGUGAAUAUUUAUAAACGUCCUGUUGUGCCGAAGACUCCGAAUAAUCCAAUCACUACAGGAAGACCAGAAUCAAACCCACCAGUCGAUGUACAGUCUCCUACGGCUACAACUGCACCACCGACACAAAACAUUCCAGUCGUUAUAAAUUAUCCAGUGCAAGUUGUACAAGGACCCAGAACAUGGGAUUGCACGCAAUAUGGGUGUGUUGAAAGAGUUCAGAAGGUUCAUACCGUCUAUCACUAUCCAUAUCUAAAUUAUCAGCUCCUUUACAGUGGAAAAUAAUAAUAUUUAUAAAUUUGACAAUAAGUGCGUAAUAUAGCAAUUAAAAUGUAAUUAACGAGGUAUAAGUGAAUUAUAUUAUAGACAAUACCAAAUAUUAAUAAGACGAAAUAUUUUUAGUAUAUCUUCGCGCACACGAUACAACAAACUUUUGACUUAUUGUGAACUUCAGCGUUUAAGUAUAAUGGUGAUUUAUAAAUUAAAAUAAUUGAAAAACAUUAUGUGGAGUGAUUUUAAUUGAAAUUUAGAAAUUAAAGAA